AUGAUCCACAUUCUUUUACUUUGCUUACUCGGAGGCGCCCUUGCCGUGCCGACAGCUGAUAAGCGUGUUGUUGGAGGAUUUCCCGCCGAGUCCGGAGAUGCGCCAUGGAUGGUUUCGAUGCGUAAUUCGUUCAACAUUCACUUCUGUGGAGGAACUUUGUUGAACCAGCGAUUCGUCCUCACGACGGCCGUCUGUAUGGAGGGUAGACUAUCCUCCACUACCAUGGCUGUUGUUGGUUCGCGUUUCCUGAAUACCGUAGCAGCCCCCUAUUAUGGAUUACAAACAAUCACACAUCCCCAAUACAAUCAGAAUACGUUGGAAUUCAAUGUGGCACUAUUCCAGACGAUCCAGAACAUAGUUUUCACCAACAUUGUGCAACCGAUUCAACUGAAUGGUGCCUUCAUAGAGCCCGGAACUCGUGCAAGAUUUUUCGGUUGGGGUGCCAAUGAAGAAAAUGGCGGCAAUUCGAACGCCCUGAUGACCAUCAACUUGAACGUGAUGCAUAAUGAAGCUUGCCGUAAUUCGCUCGGAUCCGAUGGAAUGCGGGUCACUGGCACCACGCUGUGUACACUGAACCGCGAAGGACAAGGACUAUGCACGAACGAUGCCGGAGGUUCUCUUGUGUUUGAUGGAAUGGCCAUAGGCAUUGCUUCUUGGAAGAUCCCAUGCGCUACUGGACGCCCAGAUGUCUUCGUACGAGUAUCCGACAUCCGCGAUUGGGUGAUGAGCAUAAUCUAG